AGCUUUCACACUGAUUGGCUUGUUGGACACUGGAGACACAGAGACCUGACUGGGAGGGACCCUGCUCUCCAAAAGAGUAAUCAGGACCUUCUAGGAAGCACAAUUCAGUGUCAUAGGGAGGGUUGCCAGAAACCCAGGGCAGAACUGGACACAGCCAGGAUAGGCUUGAGUCUUAUCAGGGCAAAGGGAUGCCUGAAGGCUGGUUAAACCACCCAAGCAGGGUUUCCGCCCUUGAGGGUGAUGCGCGUAGUAACACGCCGGAAGUCCCGCCCGCUGCUUUGGCAACCGCGGUCCUAGCAACCAGAGCGCUGGGAGAGAUGCAGACGGAGCGGCUCGUGCCCCUGGCGCUGCCCCGCGGGCAGAAGCGCUGGUGUGAAUUGUGCCUCGGGCCGGCCACGCUGCGUUGCGGCUCGUGCGGAGUCACCUACUACUGUGACAUAGAACAUCAGCGUGCCGAUUGGGUUAGCGUCCAUGAGAAAAUAUGCCAACUGCUCAUCCCUUUGCGUACAUCAUUACCUUUUUACAAUUCAGAGAAAGAAAGAAAGCAUGGAGAGGAGCAAAAGAUAAGCAGAGAGAAAUUCCUGGCAGAACUGACACAUGCGGUGGCUCAGAAUUUUCUGUUGGAAGGCAAACAUGAAGACGCUAUCCCAGCUGCAUUGCAUUCGCUGAAGUUCAUCAUUAACGUACAUGGCUCAAAUUCUGUGGAACUGGUUCCGGAGUACCUCGUUUUAGCUGAGGCGAGCCUAGGCCUCGGGCAUCUUUCCCAAGCAGAGGAAUACCUCUCACAAGCUCAUUGGAUUGUCCUCAAGAAUUCCCACUGCAGCAGUGCCAUUCAGUCUAAGCUGCAUCGCAACCUGGGCCUCCUUCAUGCAGCCAAAGGGAAUUUUGAGGAUUCUUUGUACCACCUGGCAAAUGACGUUUACUUUGCCUGUUGCGCCUUCGGGACAAACAACGUUGCUGCCUCGGGAGGGUAUUUCCACAUGGCCAAUGUUUUCUUCCGUCAGAACAGAAUGGAAGUUGCCGAUUCCCUGUACACAGAGGUUACCGAUAUUUGGCACCAUCACUUCAGCCACUUGAUUGACCUUCAGUACUACACACUCAUGACUCCGGUAGAACUUGAUAUGCUCUCAGAAGAAGAGGAGCCAAUGGAAGAGGCCCUUGAUGAAAAGCAGCGAACUGAAGCGUCUCAGAUGCUGAAUGCCAUCUUAGACAUCCGAGAGCAGUCCGCACGGCCACAGCUGGCUAACAUUGCCAAGAUCCUCCAUGCUCUGGCCAUGUUUCAUUACCUGAUCCUGGAUGUGCCAAAGGCUCACGAACUGGUGACAAAAGUUCGGCAAAUUACAAAGAAGCUACCCAAAUACGUGCCAGAUGAAUCGCUUCACCGCUUGAUUAGAUUGAUGAAAUCCAAACCUAUCUAUGCAAAAUAGACCUCCCACCCACCCUCAGCUGCUGCUACCCAAAUGGCAUCAAGGUAACAACAAGGAUGUUAGGAGCUGGUUGUCUGUCAUUUUUCCAUAUUUUUAUUUCCAGUUUUAAUUAAAU